GGUGAUAUUCAAUAUGAAACUGGAUACAGAAGAUAGUAAAUUGCAAGAAAAGGUGACCUAUAAUGACACUGAAUAUUCGGACUCUGAUGUCGAGAUUCAGAACCAAAAACAGGAAUACAAGAAAAUUCUCCGUAAAGUAGACCGUCGAAUCCUUUACUUGUAUGCUAUUGUUUAUUUGUUUACCCAGAUCAAUAAGGGUAAUGUCUCCAAUGUUGCCAUUGUGAAUCUUGAGGCAGGACAUGGUAUCAAGAAAGAACUCAACUUAAACUCGGAACAAUGGGCAUGGUGUUUAUCUGCCUUUUAUUAUCCAUACUUAUUCUUUGAACCAUUAUCAACGGUGUUAUUGAAGACAUUUGGUCCAAGUGUUUGGCAAUCGAGAAUUAUGGUGACGUGGGGUGCUCUUUCCAUGUUACAAGCUGCUGCUCGUAAUUUCUCGGGAUUGGUUGCUGUCCGGUUUUUCUUGGGCUUAGCUGAAGCUGGGUUCUAUACUUCGGUACUCUAUCAUCUUGGGUUUUGGAUUAAGCCAAGGGAACUCCCACAAAGAGUAGCUUCUUUCUAUUCCGUGGGGAUGCUUUCUGGUGCUGUUUCCGGAUUGCUUGCUUAUGGUAUUUCAUUCCUCGAUCAAAAAGCUAACCUUAGUGGCUGGCAAUGGGUAUUUAUCUUUGAAGGUAUACCUACCAUUUUAUUUGGAGUAUACACAUUUUUCUUUCUUCCAAAUUAUAUUGAAGAUUCAACCUUUCUUUCAGAAGGUGAAAAACAAAUAUUACUCAAUGAACUUCCAAAAUCAGCUCCUACCAAGUCUGAUCAUUCAUUCAGUUGGGAUCAAGUAAAAGAAUUAUUAAAGCAACCAACAUUCUACACUUACUGUCUGGUUUGGUUCUUCCAAGGUGUUGGAGGCUGGGGUAUCUCAUUUGUACUUCCAUCCAUUGUGUAUGACUUGGGAUUUACGAAAACUGCAACCACUCAAUUGAUGACAAUGCCACCUUCCAUUGUGGGAUUUAUUUUAUUAAAUAUUCUUGGGGGUCUUCUUCAUCGUAGAUAUAUCAAAGCGUUUCCAACUGCAUUUGUGAUGUCUGUUGUUCAAAUUGUUUGUUACAUCGUUUUGCUUACAGUUAACAGUAACAUUGCCAAAUAUAUUAUGUUGAUCAUUGCCACUUCAAUUUCGAAUUCUCUUUUCCCGGUUCUUUGGCCUGAUAGAAUGAGAAUCGUUAAGGGUACAAGUUCAUCUGCACUUGCAAUUGGUAUCACAAACGGAAUUUGUCAAUUCAUGGGGAUCAUUGGACCUCAAAUCUAUCAACCAAAGUUUGGUCCUUCGUAUCACGUGAGUUACGCAUGCUCCAUUGGACUUUGUAGUGUUACAACUGUUCUGAUUGCAGCAACUUGGUAUCUUGUUGCUAAGGAUGGAUUAUUGAAUACUGAGGGUGCCUUUAGAGAGGAUGAAGAGUAGUGUUGUAUUGACUGUAACACUAAUAUUUAUAGAUGUAAACUGGG